UUGCAGCAAGCCUACAAUCUGGGGCUUGAGCGAGGUAGGCAGAACGACCAUUAAUGCUGAAGAACGCAGCUCGCCAAGUUGCACAUAGAGUAAACCCAUAAUUUAUUUUAUAUUUUUUUUGUUGACAAAACUAAACGGGACCUAGGGUUUUGUGUGGUUCUUGAAGAGCUUACUUGCGUCUUGUUGCAACGAUGAUCGCAAGAGGAUACAUCCUUUUCACAAUAUUGCUAAUUAAUCACGUUCUCUCUUUGCCGGUGACUCCAACUUUCCUUGAGAAAGACGAUGUCGAGGUGAUUAAAUGCAUUGUGGAGGUACUAGCUCAUGUGCUUUCGAGGCCACACCCUUUGCCUGUCAGUCAGGAGUGCAUGAAUACGCUAAGGAAAGAUGAAAGGCUUGUGUCAAUCCUGCGCCACCGUAACUUCCUCAAGGAGCUACAGGACAUUGCUAUUCAAGGAGCUAAUGACAGAGCCAAGCAGAAUGGAGACUUCAUAGCAGAUUAUGUGGACAACAAGCCACAGGUUCCUCAGGGCAUAGAUGCUGCGGCAGAUCGAUCCAUGUUGGUUGCUCUGGGGGGACCCGGUGAGAGGUCUAUCCUGUCUCAGAAGAGGGCAACCGGAGGAGCAGAAGAGGUAGACGGUGAAGGAGAGAUGAAAAAGUACACCGAGACAGACGGGGAGUUGUCCAGUGAGGGAAACGAAAUCCUUGGAAAUGCGCCAGAGAAAAAGCGAGAGAAAGACGAGAGCCCGGACAACCAUAUCACUGACGGCAUUAACGAGGAGGGCAAAGGGGAGAGGGAUGAAUUGAUUAAUAAGAAAGAAGAGGAGGAAAAAGAAGAGGAUGUGGUGAAGCGCUCAAGCUCAGAGGAAGAGUCAGAAGAGAAUGGAACUGAAGGAGAAAAUGUGUCUAUGGAUAAGAAAGGGUUGAAGUCUGAUGAGCUGAAGUACGCACAGGAAGAGACAUCUGAGAAAACCUCUGCAGAAGAGCAGGUGAGCGAGGUGGACAGUGAGAUGGACAGCGAGGUGGACGGGUUAACUCACCGGAGCAGACUGAGCACACCACCACGGGGUCUGCAGGCAAAAAAGAGCGCGGAAGAGAAAGAAAUGGGGCAGGAUGUGAGGUCACUGCAGUUCAGGGGUCGACAAGAGGUGCCCCAUCACUCCAAGGAAGUGUUGGAAGAAGAAGAGGUGGAGGAGGAGAAGAGGAAGGAGGGAGAGGCGCGGAAGAGUCUGGAGGUAAAGCGGCUCCAGAUGAUGGCACGCAGGGAGCCAGAGGAGAUGAGAGGGGGAAGGGAAGAAGAGGGGAGUGCCAGCAGGAAGACUGAGGACCCAGAGAUCGAGAGUCUGGCAGCCAUUGAGUCAGAACUGGAGAAUGUUGCCAAGAAACUCCAUGAGCUGAGACGAGGUUGAGAAGAGGCUGUGAUGAUGACGACGAUAACUGCACCUUCUUCCUCUUCCUCCUCCUCAACAGCUGACUCUGUCGAUACAGACCAGCGGUGUGAAUUUGAGAAGGGAUAGUCCCUCUCUCUCGCGUCUUUUUCAUUCUUACCGAGAGAAUACCGGUGUCCGCUCCAGCCUCUUGAGACACAUACUUCUGUCUGACACACACUGGCACACACACACAGACACACACACACUGGCACACACACACACACACACACACACACACACACACACACACACACACACACACACACACACUGAGGCUCCUAUGGUAAUCCGUCCUCCUGUCAUUGGACAGCAACUCCCUAUGCCUUCAGUCCCUCCCUCCAUAGCUCCGCCUACACCCUGCUUGACAACAGUAUAUUUAGCCAGCUUUUGAAAUGAUUUUAACACUGCGCAACCAAUCGUGGAAAAAAACAAGACUGACUAUUGUUAAAAUGCUAAAUUAGGUAGGGUUGUACAAGGCAUCAAAAAAAUAUGGAUUGAUUCUAUGAUGCUGUAAUUUAUUAGUGCUGUAACUCUGAUUAUAGAAAAGCAAUAUCUGGCCAUUUUGAAUAGGUGAAUAAUUUUAACAUGAUUUAAGACUGUAUAGAAUUUAUCUAAGAAAACAAAUAAAUUGGAUAGUGUUAUUUAGA